AGGGGACAGUGCAGGCUUUUCUCUUCUCCAUAGUGACAUCAUGGCAAAUUCCCAAACUGGACGGACCCGGCUCGGGUGACGUCCAGCAGGGCCGAGCCGGCCCGGGCCGGCCCCGGGGGGCCUUGUUGCCAGCUGCAGGGGCCGGGCACUAUGCCCUUCCAGGCCAGCUUUCUGAGGGCGGGGUUCUGUUCCACCCGCCCCCGGUGCGGACUGUGCCCCGGCGGGCACGCGGACCGGCAGGGCAGGGCUAGGGCCGGGCUUCUCUGGGCCAAGGAUCAAGGUCCUUGCCUGGGUUAGGCACCCACGCAUUCCAGUCUUCGGGUCCCGGACUCUGAAGAGGGCGCAGUAGAGCUGUAGCGGAGCCUGAGAAUCCGCGCCACCUCCGCGGAGGUGGAACCUGUUGUGUCCCCGCCCUGGGCGGUGCCACCUGAACCUAGAAGCACGCCCUCAACGUCUGAGCCUCCUCUCCACAGUAGUCUUUCCGGGCGGAAGUUUAGAAGCCCCGAGAGGGAGUCGGCGGAAGUGCCUGCUUUAGUGCAGGUCGGUGCGCAUGCGUCAUUGUGCUCCGGUGUUGCCGCUCUUCAGCCCGCACAUUUUUCCUGUCUCUUUCUCCACGCGAGGGUGUUCGCUAACCCAGUCGUGGCUGCGUGGUCUGCACUUCUUCUGGUCUUGUGGCCCCCUCACGAUGGCGGGCAUCCUGUUUGAGGAUAUUUUCGAUGUGAAAGACAUUGACCCGGAGGGUAAAAAGUUUGACCGAGUAUCUCGACUGCACUGUGAGAGUGAAUCUUUCAAGAUGGACCUCAUUUUAGAUGUAAACAUUCAGAUUUACCCUGUGGACUUGGGUGACAAGUUCCGAUUGGUCAUAGCUAGUACCUUGUAUGAAGAUGGUACCCUGGAUGAUGGUGAAUACAAUCCCACAGAUGACAGGCCUUCCAGGGCUGACCAGUUUGAAUAUGUAAUGUAUGGGAAGGUGUAUAGGAUUGAGGGGGAUGAAACGUCCACUGAAGCAGCAACACGCCUGAUCUCAAGGCCCGGUGGUCCAAAAACUGGUAAUCCGGCUGUGUGAAGUGCCAAGAAGAGUGGCUUCCCCAGGAACUACAUGCAGCAUUAAGUGAUUGCAUGGCUAGGCUUUUUUGUUUUUGUUUAUUUGUGCGUGUGUGUUGUGCUACUCUGUAACCUAAUCCCUGGUUCUUUGGUUUCCUCGCUUAUUUUUUUCUUUUCUUUAAAAUUUUAUUAAAACAAUAUGUGUUCUUUGUAAGUUAUUUGAAGCAGAGAAGUAAUAUGAGGGAAAGUUACCUAUAAUUUCAUACCCAGAAGGAACCUUUUACAUAAACAUUUUUGAAUAGUCUUAACUUUUUUUUAAAAGUCUACUUUUUUCUUUGCGAUCAUGUUGUUUAUUCUAAAGUUUUCUUCUCUUUGUUUAACAUAUGUACAACAUGUUUCCCCACGUUAGUGUUUAGCUUUUCCUAAACACUUUCUAUAGCUGUGUAACAUUCUGGUAAAUGGAUAUAUCUUAAUUCGUUUGACCAUUCCCCUAAUUUUGUACAUGUAGGUGUUUUUCACUUUUGCUAGUAUAAAGAACACUGUUCACACACAUCUGUGCAUUUUUCUUUGUCUGAAAUUUUGGUUCCUUAAUGACAGAACACUGGUUCUUUUUCAUAAGUUGGAAUGGAGCUUGGACUCAUGGGAUGGGGAUC